CUUCCGCCGGGGAGGAGCCCGCGCCGCCGUCAUGAGUCGCUUCAGGUUCAUCGAUAUUGGUAUUAACCUAACAGAUCCUAUGUUCAGAGGAAUUUAUAGGGGGGUUCAGAAGCACCAAGAUGAUUUGCAGGAUGUAAUAGAGAGAGCUGUCCAGAUUGGUGUUAAAAAGUUUAUGAUUACAGGUGGAAAUCUACAAGACAGUAAAGAUGCACUUCAGUUGGCACAAACAAAUGAUAUGUUUUUCAGUACAGUUGGAUGUCAUCCUACGAGAUGUAGUGAAUUUGAAAAGGAUAACCCUGAUCUUUACCUAAUGGAGCUGCUCGGUCUUGCUGAAAACAAUAAGGGGAAGGUUGUCGCAAUAGGGGAAUGUGGACUUGAUUUUGAUCGACUUCAGUUUUGUCCCAAAGAUACUCAGCUCAAAUAUUUUGAAAAACAAUUUGAACUGUCAGAACAAACAAAAUUACCAAUGUUUCUUCAUUGUCGAAAUUCACAUGCUGAAUUUUUGGACGUAAUGAAAAGAAACAGAGACCGGUGUGUGGGUGGAGUGGUACAUUCCUUUGAUGGUACCAAGGAAGCAGCAGCUGCUUUGAUUGACUUGGACCUUUAUAUUGGGUUUAAUGGUUGCUCACUGAAAACUGAAGCUAAUUUGGAAGUCCUGAAGUCAAUACCUAGUGAAAAGUUAAUGAUUGAGACUGAUGCACCUUGGUGUGGAGUCAAAAAUACACAUGCUGGAUCAAAAUAUAUAAAAACUUCAUUUCCUACCAAAAAGAAGUGGGAAAACGGGCAUUGUUUAAAAGACAGAAAUGAACCCUGCCAUAUAAUUCAAAUACUGGAGAUAAUGUCAGCAGUAAGAGAUGAGGAUCCACUGGAAUUAGCCAAUACGUUAUACAACAACAGCACUAAAGUAUUUUUUUCUUGAUGUUAACUUAUAUGUCUUCUAUUUUCCAUUACAUGAAAUUUCAUGGUGAAACUGCAUAUUCAAUAAAGAGAAUUUUCUGGGA